AUGAAAAGAUCUGCUUCUCCAACCGCGAAGCUGGAGGGCGCCAUAUCCCCUCCGGCGGACAAGUCCGUUUCCCACAGGGCGGCCAUUCUCAACAGCCUGGCCUCCGGUGAGGCUGUAAUCGACAACUUCUCGGUGGGCAGGACUGCCGCGCCCUUGGCGUCUCUGCGGAACGCGUUUCUCCUGAAGACAGCCCCUACGGGGACGCUGCAGUUGAGGAUCACGUCUCCUGGCCUGGAGGGCCUUACAGAACCCGGAGACGUGCUGAACGCCGAGAACAGCGGCACCACAAUGCGGUUCAUCAUGGGCCUUCUGGCGUCGACGCCCUUCGUCUCCGUGGUGAACGGCGACCGCUCUCUGCGCUCCAGGCCAAUGGCGCGGAUAGUGCAACCCCUUCGCCAGAUGGGGGCAGAGGUCAUGGGAAGGGGAGGGGGAUCGCUGGCCCCCUUGACCAUAAGGGGAGGAGACCUGCGCGGGAUGGAGUACGAUAUGCCUGUGGCGAGCGCACAGGUGAAGUCGUCACUCAUAAUUGCAUCCCUCUUUGCCGGCAGCGAGACGGUGCUGCACCAGCCCGCCCUGUCCAGAGACCACACGGAGCGGAUGCUGCAGGCCAUGGGCGCCACCAUUAUAGAGGAUGGGCUGACACUGGUAGUGAAGCCCGGCUCCGAGCUGAAGCCCCUAGACGUGAAGGUGUCCGGAGACAUUAGCUCCGCGGCCUUCUGGCUGGUGGCAGCGGCCGCCCAUCCCAACGCCAGGGUAAGGUUGACCAACGUGGGCGUGAACCCCAGCCGCGCAGAGGUGCUGGAGAUACUGAAGGCAAUGGGGGCCAACAUAACACUGGAGAACCCUCGCAUAGAGGGCGGAGAGCCGGUUGCAGAUAUUUAUGUUGAGUCCAGCGAGCUUCGGGGUGUUGAGAUAGCCGGAGACCAGAUACCAAUAGCCCAGGACGAAAUUCCGGUGCUGGCCCUUGCCGCCUGUUUCGCUCAGGGAACCACCACCAUAAGGGACGCGCAGGAACUUCGGGUCAAGGAGUCGGACAGGAUAAGCGCUACUGCAAGAGAAUUGAACAAACUGGGCGCAAAGAUCACGGAGCUUCCGGACGGCAUGAUAAUCGAGGGACGGGUUCUCUAA